CUAACUCCAAAACCCGGACAUCCAAUAAAAACCAGGAACGGAUUUCAGCUGGUGGGCAUCAUUCUGCUGCACGUAGUUGCCGAUUGUCGUUGCGACGUGUAAGAUCGAGCUGACCGGGUGCACGUAAGGCUUCCCUGUCUCGCUCGUUGAGUCAUCAUAAACUGAAGUAAUAGGAUCCGUUUUACCUGCGUGUGAACAGGACACGAAGGAGAGGAACGAGAAGAGAAACGACGAAUCAUCAAACACACACUGUCCAAAACAUGGCUAAACAAAUCAUUAGUUCGACCAGCCGACUGAUAACGCAUCGCAGAUCGGUUCGGAUCGGUUGGGCGGCAGUUGUCGUGUGCUUUGCUCUCGUCGCUAAUCACUACCAGUCGCCGUUGCCGGUUGCUGCAGCAGCAGAAGCACCAUCAAGUACACCGCCCCACGUUACACGUUGGUUAAGCAAGCUCGCAAAGUACGUACACUUUCGGGCCGGGAAGGUUAGCUGCACCGGAACGAUGGACGGCCAGGGACCACCCUCGGAAGCUACGCUAGCUCAGUGGGAGAAGCAAUACUCACCGUCCGCCUGGAGCGUACGCUUUGCAACACCGGCCGAAGUGAUCAACUUUCACGUGAAGUUUGUCAAGGAGGAGAGCGACAGGAACAAGCAGCUUUUUGAUACGACGCUAGACGUGGCGUACGGUAGUGGCGAUCGGGAUAAGGUGGACAUUUACGGUGAAAAUCUGCCCGCCGAUGCGCCACUGUUCGUGUACAUCCAUGGUGGGUACUGGCAGAUGCUGGAGAAGGAAACGUCCGCCUAUGCGGUGAAACCACUGGUCGAGCGCGGUGUACGGGUGAUGAUCGUUGGGUACGAGCUAUGCCCGGAGGUGACACUGGAGGAGCUGGUGCGCCAGAUUAAGGUGGCGAGCGAGUUUGUGUUGAACUACGCCACCGAAAAUGGUGUCAAGCACGUCUCAAUUGCUGGACAUUCGGCCGGAGCGCAUCUGAUCGCUAGCAUGCUGGACCAGCUGUUUCAAAGUGCGGUCGGCGAAGAGCUGCUCCUGCUGAAGGAUGUGUAUCUCAUCUCGGGCGUGUACGAUGUGCAGGAACUGCGGUACACGAACAGCGUCAACAGGGACAAUCUGCUGGCGAUUAACGAUCAGAACGCGAAACGACUGUCGCCCUUGCUUGCCAGCUACGAUCAUCUGCGAUCGGUAAGCGAACAGGGCGCGCUAAAGUUUCACGUGUACGUUGCACAGCACGAUAGUGACGUGUUUCGUGAGAUGUCGUCGAAGAUGUACGACCGGUUGCGCUCGUUUGGGCUGAGCUGUGAUUUGCACGUGUUGCCAAAUCUGGAUCACUUCGAUAUAGUGGAACAGCUCGCCUCCUCUGAUUAUACCAUCACGAGCGCCAUUUUGGCGGGGGUUGCUAGGGAACAGAACACAGCUUAGGAGAAGAUUAGUGUCUCAUCGAAUCAAAGUAGCUGUUUUGCUGCUUACAAUAAAAGGGUUCAUCAUGAAUACUCACCGAG